GCGUGCAGGCGAGCGCGCGACCACCGCGUCACUCACGUCUUCCCUCCCGAUUGCAUCUCUCGAAAAGAUGGCCCAGGGAUUGCAGUGAGGCGAGCUUUUGUCACAUAUAUUUGGUUUUAAUUUUCCGUACUCGUUUGCAGACGCCCUUUAAGGAGCAGGUUGGAUAUAAUAUCUGAGAAUGUCCUCUUUCUACCAUCCUGUAAAGGAUGCGGAUAUGGCGGCCAUCACCGAACCGCUUUGCCUGGAAAGAGAUGUUUGCAGAGUGAUUGAGCUGCUGGACAGGCUGCAGCGGACAGGCGAGCUGCCUCAUCCCAAACUGCAGGCCCUGCAGAGAGUGCUACAGAGCAAAUUUUGUGCCGCCAUCAGGGAGGUGUAUGAACAACUGUACGACACUCUGGACAUUGUUGGAGGCCCCGAGGUGCGAGCACAAGCAACAGCCAAGGCCACUGUGGCCGCCUUCGCUGCCAGUGAGGGCCACGCCCACCCACGGGUGGUGGAGUUACCCAAGACCGAGGAGGGCCUGGGCUUCAACAUCAUGGGAGGGAAAGAGCAGAACUCCCCCAUCUACAUCUCCAGAGUGAUCCCUGGAGGGGUGGCGGACCGGCAGGGGGGGCUGAAGAGAGGCGACCAGCUGCUGUCGGUCAACGGGGUGAGCGUGGAAGGGGAGCAGCACGAGAAGGCCGUGGAGCUGCUCAAAGCCGCCCAGGGCUCCGUCAAACUGGUGGUGCGCUACACCCCCAAGGUCCUGGAGGAGAUGGAGGCUCGCUUUGAGAAGAUGAGGAGCGCCCGAAAACGACAGCAACACACCAGUUACUCGUCUCUGGAGUCCAGGGGCUGAUUACAUACCUCCACACAUCACAUUGCCCAGCCUCCCGGCUCUAUAAACGGAAGC